AUGGAAGAAACCGCCGCUACAGCCGCCGCAACGUCCAGCGCAGAACCAGCUCCCGCCGCUUCCGAUCAACCCACGGAUGCGGCUCCCUUGUUAGGAGCGCCGCAGCGCGCGGGGCAUCGCACGAUUCUCAUGGCGCUGGACUGCUCCGACAGCAGCUGGGCCGCGCUGCGGUGGGCCCUCGAGAACGUCGUGCGGCCGCCCCACGACCGGCUCGUGCUCAUGUCCGCCGUGGCACCCGUGGUUUCGUACACUGGCAUGACCGGCCGGCCAGGCAUGCAUCUGAGCGACUCGUUCGUGAAGGACGAGAGUCACCGCCGCAAGUCGUCCGCCCUGGCCCUGCUCAACCGAGCUCGCGCCGCCUGUGCUGAACAUCAGGUGGAAGCGGAGGUGCGGGUGCACACGGGGGAUGCGCGCACAGCAGUGGUGGAGCUGGCCUCUGAAGUGGCCGCUGACCUCGUCAUCGUCGGCAGCCGCGGCCAUGGCCCGCUGCAGAGGCUGCUGCUGGGGAGUGUAUCAGAGUACUGUGUGCACCACUGCACCAUGCCUGUUCUAGUCUACCGCCCUGCCACUGCUGCUGCCAAGAUGGCUGCGGCCGCUUCUACUGCAGGAGUUGAGGAAAAGAGAGAACCGGAAUCUACGGCUGCUGAUGAGGCUGCUGAUGCGGCUGGGGAGGCUGCUGGGGAGGCUGCUGGGGAGGCGGGGGGGGCUCCCGCAGAGCCCACCACAGAGCAACCUGCGGCCACGGAUAAAAAGACCGAUUAG